AUGAAUGAGGCGGACAUGAUAAGGUGUGAUCAAAAGCUACAACAAGGAUAUCAUGGAACCGAUUUUGAUAACUUCAUGAAAAUGCCAGAGCAGAAGCUACAACCAGAGUACCAUGCCACAAAUCUUCACCCAAACAGCCAACCAUCACAAGGCGGAGCCACAGAGGUAGAACCAGGAGCAUAUGCCUUGGCACCAACACCGUCCAACGACAAUGAUAAUGAUGCCCAGGUUUUAAGUAUUUCUAGUGAAGAAACCAGCCAUGACAGUGAAGAAGAACCAACACCACCCGACCAGGAGAGCUCUGGUUUGGCAGUUGCUAGAGAGGUGCAGAAUGACGAUCCAGAAGACCCAAGAAGCUUGCCACAAGCAGAAGAGUAUAACAAGAAUAGAGAGUUUCAGAAAAGGAACGCACAAACCCAGGAGUCAAACAAGCUGAUCGCAUUGUAUCUUGGCUUUGGCCUCUGUCUUGUUAUUCUCAUUGUACUACUUGUGGUCCUGUUGGGGAGGAAAGCAGGUGAUGGAAAUGAAGCUACCCCUGCCAUGGAAAAUGUCGAACCCAGCAAAGAACAUUCCUCUAUGGACUCUACCAUGGCUCCUAGUUUGUCUCCUGUCUUUGAACAGCUCCUUGGCUACUUCCCAAACUACACUAUCCAGGGAAUGGAGGACCCAGAGUCUCCACAAUGCAAAUCAUUGGAUUGGCUAUUGGAUGAUCCAGAUCUAAUGGAAUAUGUUGAUUUGGAAUGGAGGGUGAAGCAGCGGUUUGCCUUGGUGGCACUGUUUCACUCUACCAAUGGCUUCAACUGGACCUACAAUGACAACUGGCUGAGUUAUAGCCACCAUGAGUGCUUUUGGUAUGCAAGUGGAUCCAUUCCCUUUGAGCUUCCUGGGUCUGGCGACAACUAUUUCAGAGGGGAGUAUCAGAAUCCAUGCCAUCUACCCAUCAAUGAUACAAUUGCAAAUGGCACUAUGGAGGCAACGAACUUGAUUGUUGAGGACCCAACUCAAGGUGCUUACAAACAGCUGUGGCUCCACAUGAACGGCUUGGAAGGCCAGUUACCAGAAGAAAUCUACUGGCUGACAAAUUUGAAGACAAAGAGUCUCUUCCUCAAUACGCUUGAUGAGCCCAUAUCCUCGCAGAUUGGUCAUUUGCAAGAUUUGGAAGCAGCAAUCUUCAGCUUCACAGAUGUCACGGGGACUCUCCCCACUGAGAUUGGGAUGUUGAGUGACAAUCUUGCCUUCUUUCUCAGCGAGCAAAUGCAGCUGUCUGGCACACUUCCUACUGAGAUUGGCAUGCUUUCCAGAGUGGACACAUUGUUGAUGGACUCAAAUCAUUUUUUGGGGACCAUUCCAACAGAACUGUUCCAACUUUCCAAUCUUCAGUGGCUUUACUAG